AUGGUUAUUGCUCGCUAUCCUCCUCCUUGGUUCAGUGUUGCUCCCAUGAUGGAGUGGACAGAUAAUCAUUAUAGGACUAUGGCUCGGCUCAUCUCGAAACAUGCAUGGCUAUACACCGAAAUGAUUGCUGCAGAAACAAUUGUAUAUCAGAAGGGGAAUUUGGAUAGAUUCUUGGCGUUCAGUCCGGAGCAGCAUCCUAUAGUUCUUCAAAUUGGGGGAAAUAAUUUGGAAAACAUUGCUAAAGCAACUCAACUUGCAAAUCCUUAUGGAUAUGAUGAGAUUAAUUUCAACUGUGGAUGUCCAAGCCCAAAGGUUGCUGGACAUGGGUGUUUUGGGGUGCGUCUUAUGCUUGAUCCAAAGUUUGUAGCUGAGGCCAUGUCAGUAAUUGCAGCAAAUACAGAUGUUCCUGUUAGUGUCAAAUGCCGAAUUGGUGUUGAAGAUCACGAUUCAUACAAUGAGCUAUGUGAUUUCAUAUAUAAGGUUUCGUCUCAAUCACCAACUAAGCAUUUCAUAAUACACUCGCGAAAGGCAUUACUUAAUGGAAUUAGCCCAGCUGAGAAUAGAACAAUUCCUCCCUUGAAGUAUGAAUACUACUAUGCUCUCGUGCGUGAUUUUCCUCAUCUGCGGUUUACUAUUAAUGGAGGCAUAAACACCGUUGAUGAGGUGAAUGCAGCAAUAAAGGAAGGGGCCCAUGGAGUAAUGGUUGGACGUUCUGCAUACCAUAAUCCAUGGAAUCUUUUAGGACAUGUUGACAGUGCAAUAUAUGGUGAACCUCCUAGCAAUCUAACACGGCGCCAGGUCCUCGAAAAGUAUCAGGUAUAUGGCGAUUCAGUACUGGGAAAAUAUGGACAAAGACCAAAUGUUCGGGAGGUUAUAAGGCCUUUGCUUGGUCUUUUCCACGCAGAGCCUGGAAACAGUCGAUGGAAGCGUAAAGCUGAUGCUGCUUUCAUGCACUGCACAACAAUCAAAUCCUUUUUCGAGGAGACACUGUUCACUAUUCCCGAUUGUGUGUUGGAUUCACCUGUUGCUGAGGCACCCUCUGGUUGUACAGACAUGUUCACAAAGUCAAAGAAUUUGUUACCUCAACAGUAUAGAGUUAGAGAAGAAGAGCUAUUAUAUGCGGAUUUUUGA